GCCUUUCGCAACAUCCUUUUUCUCGGCAAGCUCGCUCGCUGUGUUUUCCCCUCCACCACACCCCUGUCCUGAUCGCAGAGACGCACGACAUCACGAGCCACCACCGCCAUGUCUGACGAGCAGAAGCAGCAGCAAAAGGGGCAGGACAAGGCCCAGCACGACCCAUACCAGGACGAUGAGGGCAUCAAGUAUGUGCGCAACCUGAUCCAGCCUCACGCCAACUUUCCCUCGGAAGGCAUCCUUUUCCAUGACAUCUUCCCUGCGCUGCGCGAUCCUGUGGCGUUGGAGAUCAUCUUGAACCGUAUGGCCGCUGUCGUCACGAAGCGAUCUGCGGUGAUCGACUAUGUUGUUGGCUUGGAUGCGCGCGGCUUUCUAUUUGCCCCAAGCAUCGCUUCCCGCCUCCACUGCGGCUUCAUCCCCAUCCGCAAGAAGGGCAAGCUGCCUGGCAAGUGUCACACCCUCGAAUCCACCAAGGAGUACGGUGCUGACAUCCUCGAAGUCCAGAAGGCUGGCCUCGAGCCUGGCGCGCGUGUUGUCGUUGUCGAUGAUCUCAUUGCCACGGGCGGCACCCUUCAGACAUCCGUCUCCCUGCUCAAGGCGGCUGGUGCCGAGGUUGUGGUGUGUGUGUGCCUUGUUGGCCUGCCCUCCCUUGGCGGCAUCGCAAAGGCUGGCGCACCCGUGGAAGCCCUUAUUGACCUCGAGGCCGGCUGCUAAACAUCACGGCCAGCCUGCCUGACGCUCGCCACACGCAGGCAGGCAGGCACAGGACUAGCUUUGUUGCGUUGUUGUUUUCACAUGGAAUGAGGGGCAUCAAGUGGAUACGGGAGGCGAGGCUGGUUUGCAUGAGGGAGGGAGGAGAGGAAGAAGCACAAGCACAAGCCACAGCACAAGCACAAGCCAUAGCACAAGCACAAGCCACAGCACCAAGCACAAGUCAGAAGCACAAGUGUUCGCGCACCGUAUGGGACGGGCCCAAGCACUCCCACCAACAAUUAAAAAAAUUCGUCAGCCACG